GAAGUGGUUCUGUAUUGUUUGGAAAACAAGGUGUGUGAUGUGAAUCAUCGUGACAACGCGGGUUACUGUGCCCUGCACGAGGCCUGUGCCAGAGGCUGGCUGAGCAUCGUGCGGCAUCUCCUGGAGUACGGGGCUGACGUCAACUGCAGCGCUCAGGAUGGAACCAGACCAAUCCAUGACGCGGUCGAAAACGAUCACUUGGAAAUUGUCCGCCUGUUACUGUCUUAUGGUGCUGAUCCAACGCUUGCGACCUACUCUGGAAGGACCAUCGUGAAAAUGACCCACAGUGAGCUCAUGGAGACUUUCCUCACAGAAUAUUUAACUGACCUGCAAGGUCGGAGUGUUGAUGACCCUGGUUUGUACUGGGAUUUCUAUGGCAGCUCUGUGUGCGAUCCAAAAGAUGAAUCUGGAUUUGACAUCUUGGCAAAUCCUCCUGGACCAGGUGAUGAAGACGAAGAUGGCUUCAGUGAUGUAUUUGAAUUUGAAUUUUCGGAUGAGCCCCCCUUGCCGUGUUACAACAUUCAAGUGUGUCUCUCUCAGGGACCACGAAACUGGCUUUUGCUCUCAGACGUGGUGAAGAGGCUAAAAAUGUCAUCUCGCAUCUUCCGCUGCAACUUCCCCAAUCUGGAAGUUGUCACCAUCACGGAGGCAGAGUUUUACAAACAGACUUCCCUCAGCCAGUUGUUCUCUUGCGCUACAGAACUUGAAGCUUUUAAUCCAGAGAGCAAAGAGCUGUUGGACUUGGUAGAGUUUACAAGUGAACUCAAGACUUUGCUCGGCUCCUCGCUUCACUGGUUGCAUCCGCACGAGGACCCUCCCUUUGACAUCCUCUGGUGAACCAUCAGGCCAUUUAAUGUACAGUGCUCUAUACAGUUACUUCUUUAUGUAUAUGUGUUCAAAUGCAAUUGUUUCUGUAAAGAAAGGACACUAUUAAAUAUGAAAAUAUCUUUCCUUUAUAUAAGAGAUCUGAAUUCCAGUUGGAUGGAUUUUGGAAGAAUUUUUUUUUUAACUUCAAUCAGUUUUUACAAAAUUGUUAUAUAAUGUUUCUUUAAAUGCACACAGGCUUUGGGAUAAGUUUGUUAUUACUCGGAACACAUUUUUUUUUUAAAGAAUACACCCACACAUUGACUUUGUUUCAUACAAAGCACUGAUUACACAGAACAUACUUUUUCUAGGUGAUGUGAUCAAAGUCGUGUGGCUUGUUUGGGAGAUAGAAUUCGGUAAGGCACUUGGUGAUAUUAUUUUUGUUUUUUUGUUUACAGAAUUACCUGCUUUGGCCAGGUAAGCACUAUUGAAUAUAAUUCAAUAGUUUGUAAUAUAAAUUAAACCAUAUCCAUACACAUCAACUAAUUGUAAGAACUUUUAUAUCCUAAUUUAAAAGCUGUGAAAUUUAGUUUUCACACAUCAAACCGGAUUGUUUAUAUAUGUUUAAACAUUUUAUGCUCUUUAUUUAAAGAAGACUUUGAACUAUUUUUUCUGUACCUUGUAAAAUAUUGAAAAACUAACAUAUGUUGAAGUUGCUUGAAACUGUACAUAAACUAAAUUUUCUGAAUUGUGUGUUUAUGUUUGAGAUCUGUGUUUUAACUUUGUAAGUAAAUCUCCUGCCUUUGUAUUUAUAUUUUACAAAAAUUUUCUUAAAAGGCAAUAAAACUGUUGAGAAAUGAAGA